UGUUACAAAUUCCUAAUAUUUGGUGUUAAUUCUUAAAGAAGACAGACACGACUGACACUUUUCGGUUAAUUUACCACAUGUGAAGGAAUGAAAAAAGCGUGAGCCAUGAAGUCUACCUGCUGCUUCAAAGACACAAACCAGCUGCUAUUACUUGUUUGGGUAAAUACUGUAACAUGAGUCUUCCCUGUGCACACCGGAGACAAGGGAGUGAUGCUGGAUAAGAGCCUUGAGUAGCCAGACUAAAGAUUUGAUGAAAUGCUCCUAUUAUGAUACUUUACAGCCUGCGGAAUAGAGAAGCUGGUUACUUGAUCCUCUGCUGUACCUGAACCUCAUUGUUGCAGCUUUUAAUAACUGAAUAUCCAGACCGCCUAUAAAGGUGCCUCUGAGGAAAGAAUGAUGGGACUAGAAUUAGCAUUCAGAACUAGAAAUGGGCAACAAGCAAACUGUUUUCACUCAAGAGCAACUGGAUGCAUAUCAGGACUGCACAUUCUUUACAAGGAAAGAAAUUCUGAGACUGUUUUACAGGUACCGAGAUCUAGCCCCACAGCUAGUUCCACUCGACUACACACAUAAACCAGACGUGACACUUCCCUAUGAACUCAUUGGCAGCAUGCCAGAGCUGAAGGACAACCCAUUCCGCCAGCGGAUAGCAGAGGUUUUCUCAGAGGAUGGAGAUGGCAACAUGACUUUAGAUAAUUUUUUGGACAUGUUUUCAGUGCUGAGUGAAAUGGCUCCCAGAGACUUGAAAGCUUAUUAUGCUUUUAAAAUUUAUGAUUUUAACAACGAUGACUACAUAUGCAAAUCUGAUCUAGAGAAAACAGUCAACAAAUUAACCCGAAAUGAACUUACCCCAGAAGAAGUGAGCCUUGUAUGUGAAAAGGUGAUUUAUGAAGCUGAUGCGGACAAUGAUGGCAAGCUGUCUCUGGAAGACUUCCAGCAUAUGAUAAUACGGGCUCCAGAUUUCCUUAGCACAUUUCACAUUCGAAUCUGAAUCCAGUGAAACACGCAGAGGGAAGCACUUCUUGAACCUUCAACAACUACUACUUCACCUGAG